UUGACGACAUCAAAGGUUUUACAGAACAGUGUUGUAAACAGUGACGACAGUUUCACUUUACCUAAUGUCGAUAAAGCUGAUGAUUUGUUGGCUCAUGGUAAAGAUGACGGAGUCGACGGUAACAACGUUGACGAUGAUGACGCUGAUGCGGAACCGCUAGUACUUCAUAAGCACAACGGUAAUCUUGCUUACAUUAUUUUUCAUUACGAAUGCUUUGGAUACGAAAGUGCGCUGUCACGGGUAUUGUAUAAAAAUGUACGGGUUUUUUGCUGGAUAAUGACUUCCUUGAAUAACACAUUUACCAGAGCAAUACACGUUAACGCAACAUGGGCACCCAGAUGCAACAAAUAUGUUUUUAUCACUAGUGAGGAGAGUAGCGGUCUUCCGACAGUUAAACUGAAUGCUACUGAAGGACGUAAAUUUCUGUGGAUGAAAACCAAAGAAGCAUUUAAAUGGAUAUAUAACAAUGAACUUCAAAAUUACGACUGGUUUUUAAAAGCUGAUGAUGACACGUUUGUUAUUGUUGAAAAUCUUCGAUUUAUGCUUCUUGCGUACUCACCAGACGCCCCAAUCUAUUUUGGUUGCAAGUUCAAAAUGUACAUGAAACAGGGAUAUAUGAGUGGUGGAGCAGGAUACGUACUUAGCAGAGAAGCUGUUAAACGUUUUGUAGAAGAUGGCUUAACUGAUUCGCAUAAAUGCAAAGCUUCGAACACUGGUGCUGAAGAUGCCGAAAUCGGAAAAUGUCUACAAAAUGUUGGGGUAAUCGCUGGAGAUUCGCGAGAUGGCAGGGAAGAAAAAACUUGA